UUAAAGUAGAAACUAAGUCGGAAAAAAUAAAAUAAAACAGAAUGAAAAGCCGCUGGAGCGCAGAGUUGUAGAGUUAAACGCGGGAGGCGGGUCCUGUUCUGGAAUCCCGGUCUCUGAUUGGCUGCUGCCGCGGGACGUCAGCGUGUGGGCGUGAGCCUCCCCGAACAUCAACAAAAGAGAAAAGAAAAGCAGAGAAAGGAGAAGCAGACAGAGGAGGAGAACCCAGAGGAACCCAGAGGAACCCGGAGGAACACUACAGUUAUGUGGAUUUAACCGUCAACAACAGUAGGAACGCUGUGCUGAAACGAGAGGAAACGUCAUCCUGUGCCGGUUGAGAGAUGGACGCCUUCAAACUGAUGAAGGAGCUGAAGCUGAAUUAUGAGCAAGAGGUUUAUUACCUUCCCAGGGAGACGGGGCUGAGCCUGAUCGAGGCCGCCACGCAGGACGACAGCCGGAUCUCAGCCAAGUGCCGAGACGCCAAAGUGGAGGAUCUGUGGAGCCUGACCAGCUUCUUUGGCUACAGCACACAGACGUUUGUGCUGGCCGUCAACCUGCUGGACAGAUUCCUGGCCAUGAUGAGGAUCCAGCCGAAGCACCUGUCCUGCGUCAGCCUCAGCUGCCUUCACCUGGCCGCCAAGGUGACGGAGGAGGAGUGCGACCUGGCCUCCGGCGACGAGCUGAUCCGCAUCGGGCAGUGCCGCUUCACCGCCUCCGACCUCAGCCGCAUGGAGAAGAUCGUCGCCGAGAAGCUCAACUUCAAGUCCAAAGCCGUCACUGCCUUAACCUUCCUGCACCUGUACCACCAGAUAGCACUUUCACACGCCACCGACAGGAAGGAGACCCUGAGCCUGGAGCAGCUGGAGGCCCAGCUGAGAGCCUGCCUCUGCCGCAUCGCCUUCUCCAGAGCCAAGCCGUCCGUCCUGGCCUUGUCUCUGCUCAGGCAGGAGAUGGAAGCCAGACGCUCCCAGGACAUGCUGGAGAUAACACACCACGUCCAGAGACACCUGAAGAUCCCGGACGGCGAGCUGCUGUACUGGUGCGACCUGGUGGCCAAGUGCCUGUCCGACUACGCCUCGCCCGAGUGCAGCAAGCCCGACCACAGGAAGCUGGUGUGGAUCGUGUCGCGCCGCACCGCCCAGAGCCUCCACAGCAGCUACUGCGGCGCCCCCGACCUGCCCACCAUCCCCGAGGGCGGCUGGGGCGAGAGCGAGAGUGAGGACUCGGGGGAGGACAUGAGUUCGGGGGAGGAGUCUCUGAGCAGCUCUCUGGGCAGCGACGGCGACGGGACCUACUUCCCCCUGCACCUCCGCCGGCACCUGGCGCCCUGAGACCCCGCCCACCUCCGCAGGCACCUGGCGCCCUGAGACCCCGCCCACCUCCGCCGGCACCUGGCGCCCUGAGACCCCGCCCACCUCCGCAGGCACCUGGCGCCCUGAGACCCCGCCCACCUCCGCAGGCACCUGGCGCCCUGAGACCCCGCCCACCUCCGCAGGCACCUGGCGCCCUGAGACCCCGCCCACCUCCGCCAGCCCCUGCCGCCCUGAGACCCCGCCCACUUCCGCAGGCACCUGGCGCCCUGAGACCCCGCCCACCGCCGUGCCUCAUCUCACACCUGUGACUCUGGCUGCUCAGCUGAUUCAUUAAUUUAAUAAUUUAGAGAAGCAGCCGGGCCGACAGGAACUACAACAAACCAAUCAGGAUGCUGUAAUGUCAAGACUCCGCCUCCGGGGCAGGAGCACACCUGGGGGCUUUUGGGGGUGGUGGUGGUGGGGGGGGGGGGGGGUGAUACUGGCAGCUGAGACGUGUGGACUCUUCCUGUAGAUGUUAGUCUUGAUGUUUUCUAGUUGGUGCAUGUUGACACGUCACAUUCCAGCCCAAAGCACAGCCGGCGGCCCGGACGGAGGCCCGGAGGGGACACACAGAGGGGGGGAAUCCAUAAUUUGUUAGCAUGACACCACAGAAUUUUUUAAUAAUUAUUCUGAUUUUUUUUUUAGCCGUGUGAAGCCACAGAUGCCACAGAUUUUAAUUUUCUCUCUCAUUAUAUUAUAUUGUAUUUUAUUUAUUUUUAUUUUGGGGGCCAUGAGAAGCCACAACUGUUUUUCUGCCCACAGAAGAAAAGAAAACAGGCCAUGAAAUCUGCUCACUCAGUUUCCUGAACUCAGUUUGCCAUCGUGAAGCUGAGCCUUGCUGCUGCAGUGCACUCUGGGAGUUCACCGCGGCGGACCUCAGGGUUCUGCUGCAGUGCACUCUGGGAGUUUACCGCGGCGGACCUCAGGGUUCUGCUGCAGUGCACUCUGGGAGUUCACCGCGGCGGACCUCAGGGUUCUGCUGCAGUGCACUCUGGGAGUUCACCGCGGCGGACCUCAGGGUUCUGCUGCAGUGCACUCUGGGAGUUCACCGCGGCGGACCUCAGGGUUCUGCUGCAGUGCACUCUGGGAGUUUAUGCAGUGUUUGUGUGGCUCCUCUCCGGGCCGCCGCCGCCGCUCUGACUGUUCUGGAUCUGAGACGCAGAGGCUGUUCUCAGGUCAGGGAGUGUGUGUGUGUGUGUGUGUGUGUGUGUGUGUGUGUGUGUGUGUGUGUGUGUGUGUGUGUGUGUGUGUGGACUUUAAUUUGCACAGGUGUGUUUUGUGUUUUUUUUGUAUUGGAUGUGCUGAGUGAUGUUCGGUGGGGGCUGCACGCCUCGCCGCCCCGUCUGCACCGACCUCAGACUGAAGUGUGUGUGUGUGUGUGUGUGUGUGUGUGUGUGUGUGUGUGUGUGUGGCCAUUGUUAAAUUUAAAAUUGCCAAUUUAGUGUGUAGUGUAAGUUUGAAACGAGUUGAGCUGUUCAGAGGGAAUGUUGUAUGAACUAAAUGUUGACCACGGGUCGCAAAAAAUGCCUAAAAAAUAUCAUAAAAUGUAAAAAAAAUGUUAAUAUAAAAAACUGUAAAACCAUGUAAAUGAUGUAAAAAAAAAUCUGUGAAUAGUUGUUUGUAGAUAAUAACUUAUUUAUUGUUUUUUGUCACAUGUACUAAAACA